AAAAAAAGAAAAAGGAAAUUCCAGUUUUUCACUUACGGGAAAAGAGAAAGAGAAAUCCGUGCACUUCACGCGUCAUCCCCAAGGCGCUGUUACUCUCUUGCCUCCGCCUCCUCCUUCCUCCUUUCUCCGUCUCUUUUCUCAACCUUCGAUCUAAAAACUCUUAAACCCUUCGCCAAUUCUCCAAUUCACGACUUACAACACCCACCCAAAUUUCGUUCCCAAAUCCCAAGAAACCGUUACAAACUAGCACAUUCAUUUCUGAUCCGGUUCACCCGGGUUCGGUUCGGUGCACUGCCAUGGCUCCUGCGCUCUCCGAGCGAGUUGAGCUUGCAAGGUUCUGCGCCUCCAAGGAAUGGUCCAAGGCCAUUCGGAUACUUGACUCCCUUAUUUCUUGUUCCCCUACAAUUCAAGACAUAUGCAACCGAGCCUUUUGUUACAGCAAAUUGGAGCUGAAUAAGCACGCGAUUAAGGAUUGCGAUAAAGCUCUGCAGGUUGAUCCUACGCUUCUUCAGGGUUAUAUUCUCAAAGGUAGUGCACUUUCUGCAUUGGGAAGGAAAACAGAUGCUAUUUUGGUAUGGGAGCAAGGACAUGAACAUGCUUUGCAUCAGGCCACAGAUUUGAAACAGCUGCUAGAACUUGAAGAGCUCUUGAAAACGGCAAAACAAGGCAAUGAUGCAUCUUGUGAAACUAAUGAGUUGUCCAUGCCACAAUCAAUAUUGAAGUCUUCAAAUAAGGGGAACUCAGGGGCAGAUAUGAAUCAGGAUAGGUUGACUGCUCAGGCUGAAUCACCUGGAAAUGGCAGCAAUAAAUCUGAGAUAUGCCUAAAGUCUAAUGUGGACUUUGAGUCAAAAACUGACUUGCGUGAUGAAAAUGAAGAGCCAAAAAAAUUUGAUGGCCAAGUGAAUGAAAGCCCUGAUGUUAUUGAGAAUCUAAGUUACAAUUCUGAAUCAUGUAAUGACUCAAGUGACGCUUCAGAUUCCGGUGAUAAAGUGCCUAGGAAUAGUAGUGACUCAAUUAAUAUCUCUGAGAUUCUUAGGACUCCAGUUAGUAAGUUUGUUUUUCCCCAUGAGGGAAAAGAAGAAGCCAGGAAAUAUAAGAAAUUUUGUGUUGCUAAAGUUUCUAACAAAAAUUCCAUAAGCGUAGAUUUUCGACUCUCAAGGGGAAUACAAGCGGUCAAUGACGGAAACUAUGCUCAAGCCAUAUCAAUUUUUGACAAGAUACUGAAAGAAGAUACUGCAUAUCCUGAGGCAUUGAUAGGAAGGGGGACGGCAUAUGCUUUCAAGAAAGAGCUUAAUUCUGCUAUAGCUGAUUUUACAAAGGCUAUACAAUUUAAUCCAUCGGCUAGUGAAGCAUGGAAAAGGAGAGGUCAAGCCCGGGCAGCCUUGGGAGAGUUUGUUGAGGCUAUUGAAGAUUUGACUAAGGCACUAGAGUUUGAACCUGAGUCAGCUGAUAUUUUACACGAGAGAGGAAUUGUCAAUUUCAAAUUUAAAGAUUUUGAUGCAGCUGUUAGAGACCUGUCAUCUUGUGUGAAGCUUGAAAAGGAUAAUAAGUCUGCUUACUCAUAUUUGGGUUUGGCAUUAUCUUCUGUUGGUGAAUAUAACAAAGCUGAGGAAGCACAUCGAAAAUCACUUCAACUUGAUAGAAAUUUCCUUGAAGCAUGGGCACACCUGGCUCAGUUCUAUCAAGAUUUAGGAAAGCCAAUGAAAACUCAUGAAUGUCUAAAUGAGGUGCUGCAAAUUGAUGGGAGGUUUGUCAGAGCAUAUCAUAUGCGUGGCCUUCUGUUCCAUGCAAUGGGUGAGCACAGAAAGGCUAUCAAGGAUUUAACAACGGGACUGAGCAUCGACGGAACCAACAUUGAGUGUUUAUAUUUACGAGCUUCCUGCUACCAUGCUGUCGGACAAUACAAAGAGGCGGUCAAGGAUUAUGAUGCCGCACUAGAUUUGGAAUUAGAUUCAAUGGACAAGUUCAUCCUCCAGUGCCUUGCAUUCUAUCAGAAAGAGAUUGCUCUUUACACAGCCUCAAAGUUUAAUGGUGAUUUUUGCUGGUUUGAUGUUGAUGGGGAUAUUGAUGCACUUUUUAAGGAGCACUGGUGCAAGAGAUUGCAUCCAAAGAAUGUAUGUGAAAAGGUGUUCCGGCAACCCCCUUUGCGUGAGUCUUUAAGAAAGGGAAAAUUUAAACGGCAUGAUUUUACUCUUACAAAGCAGAAGGCUACUCUUAUACAGGCUGCGGACUCAACUGGCAAUAAAAUCCAAUAUGAUUGUCCCGGUUUUCUUCCUAAUAGGCGUCAGCAUCGUAUGGCAGGAUUUGCUGCCAUUGAAAUUGCACAAAAGGUCUCAAAGGCCUGGCGUUCCAUGCAUGUGGAAUGGAAAUCUUCUAAUAAAAACAACUCAAAGUCUGGGAAAAGGGCUAGGAGAAGGGAAAGAGUUAAUAUGCCCAGUCAAAACAGAGGAGGGGCUGGUUGUACUACGAGCAGUGCCUUGGAAUCAUAUUCACACGGCACUAUAGAAGAAAGAUCAUCCAGUCGUACCAUGUCAUGGCAAGAUGUUUACUCACUGGCUGUUAGAUGGAGACAGAUUUCUGAGCCUUGUGACCCUGUUGUGUGGGUGAACAAGCUAAGUGAGGAGUUUAAUUCUGGGUUUGGCUCUCACACACCUUUGAUUCUUGGACAAGCCAAAGUUGUCCGUUACUUCCCUAAUUAUGAAAGGACAUUGGAUAUUGCAAAGACUGUCAUGAAAGAGAGAUCAUAUGUCUACAGCGAAAAAGAUAAGAUCAUCCAUCUUGCCAAAGAUGGGAAACUGGAAGAGAUCAUGCAUGCAAAAUCAUGCUCUGAUCUCUACAGAAUUGUUGGUGAGGAUUUCUGGUUGUCUACUUGGUGCCAGAGUGCUGCAUUUGAAGGGAAGCAGCUUGAAGGGACAAGGAUAAGCCUUGUAAAAAUGGGGGAACGUGGUUAUGACUUUGCAAUAAGAACACCUUGCACUCCUGCGAGAUGGGAAGAUUUUGAUGCAGAAAUGGCAAUGGCAUGGGAUAAUCUAUGCAAUGCUUACUGUGGUGAAAACUAUGGGUCUACUGAUUUCGACAUGCUUGAAAACAUCAGAGAUGCAAUUUUAAAGAUGACAUAUUUCUGGUAUAACUUUAUGCCAUUGUCCAGAGGAUCAGCUGCAGUGGGGUUCAUAGGUAUGCUUGGUUUGUUCCUCGCUGCCAAUAUGGAGUUCACAGGAAGCAUCCCUCAGGGCUUACAAGUUGAUUGGGAGGCCAUUUUGAACUUAGAUCCAAACUCGUUUGUGGAUUCGGUUAAAUCAUGGCUAUACCCAUCUUUGGAGGUGACAACCUCGUGGAAAGACUACCCUGAUGUUUCAUCAACUUUUCCAUCAACAGGGUCCGUUGUUGCUGCUUUAAGCUUUUCUGAUGAUUGAGCUCCUUUAAGAAAUGCCCAAGUGAGUUAACUGCCUGUAUUAUUGUGAAAUAAAUAAUCCGUCACAUUAUAACUAUGUUAGCUGUUGUAUAAUAAUGUAACUUCAUGGCAUCGGAUUAUAAAGUUAGAAUUUUUAUUUUUCCGAUUUAUCAAUAAGUGAAGACUGGUCACAUCAUACCCGUGUUUAGCUGUUGUACAAUAAUGCAAUAGGAGUUAAUAUAUUAUUGCUUUCUGUUUGUA